UACUGAUAAGAAAAUGUUUACAGUUGUCCCGCUGGUGGUCUUUUCGUGUCCGACAGUAAUUGGACGGAUGUGAUAAUUGCGGUUGAGAUUUUGAGGGAGAGUACUGCAAUCUCCACAAUUUCUGUGAAAAUGUUAAGCAAUACAUGCAUCUUUCUGCUGGCACCUGUUAUUUUGUGCAUAUUUUUGAUACCUGUCGGUGGAACUGCUGAAGAUGAGGAACGUCCUAAAAUAACACCUAAAAUAUACGCCAGUGUAUUCGUCCGUCGACGGGAGGAGCACAAACUUUUCGUUAAACAUUUGGCCAGUUCCAACUACGAGAAGACGUACAAAAUGUUGGAUAUAGCGUACGAUAAAAUUUUAGAGAUAAUCAAAGACAACAACAUGACACUCCACCAAUCCGGCUACGUAGCUUCAACUGGUUUCCCGACUGAGAGUCGCCUGCAGGACUCGGUGGCACUCAUCAUUGAAAAUAUCUGCCUUGGCGGCGAUUUAAUCCUCCAUUUCCCCGAAAUCUCAUAUCGUAUCCUUAAGAAACAACCGGAAUGGAAGCAAAUCUUCGAUUGGGGCACGCAAUUCCUGAAUAAUUACGCUCACAUUCUGAGUGAGCAAACGUACCAAAUGGUCGAUUUGUUUCGACAGGAAGUCAAUUUGACGAAACGUUCCCCAGAUUUCGUAAAUCCGUACUAUACCAAGUUACCAAUGAGCGAGACUAAAGAGAAAAAGAGGCCGCCAAAGAAGAAAUUGAAAAGAGGCCCUCAGUUAACUGGGCGAGUGGAACUGUAGGAGUUUCUGUAAGUUGGAUCGAAUAAUCAUUAUGUAUCGAAUGGGGUCGAAUAAAUUUGUUGAAUUUUGCAUUA